CUUUAAAAGGAGACCAUACACAAGUUCACAACCAAGCUCGAAAGAAAGAAAGAAAGAAAGAAAGAAAGAAAGAAAGAAAGAAAGAAAAGAAAGAAAGAAAGAAAGGGCUAUUCCAUUCAACCAGAAAAAAAAAAAAGAAAAAGAUAAAAAAUGGAUGUAGAGAAAGUCUUCCACAUGACUGGUGGAGUUGGCAAAACUAGCUAUGCCAAGAAUUCCUCACUACAGAAGAAGGCAUGUGAUAAGGUGAAGCACAUAAUCAUAGAAGCCGUUGAGGAGGUUUACCUUGCAACAACUCCAAAGAGCAUAGGCAUUGCUGACUUGGGUUGUUCAUCUGGUCCCAACACUCUCUCAAUAAUCAAGGACAUAUUUCAAGCAAUUCAAAGCAUAAGCCACAAGAUCAUGAUGCACCGCCGCCACCAUCCCCACCACCUUAUCUCGGAUGAGUUCAGGGUUUACCUAAAUGAUCUCCCAACCAAUGACUUCAACUCAAUUUUUAAGGCCUUGCCUGAGUUCCACAGGCUUCUUAGGCAAGACAAGAAUAAAGAUAAUAAUGAUGGGUUGAUACCUUCCAUUUUCAUGGGAGGUUACCCUGGCUCUUUUUAUGGAAGACUGUUCCCAAACAGUUCUUUGCACUUUGUCCACUCCUCCUACAGUUUACACUGGCUUUCAAGGGUUCCACCAGCACUAUAUGACAAGGAGGGAAAUUCAUUGAACAAAGGGUGUGUAUACAUUUCAGAGUCAAGCCCUGAAGUGGUUCAAAAAGCAUACUUGAAUCAGUUCCAACAGGAUUUUUCGUUGUUCUUAAGAUCAAGGUCUGAAGAACUAGUUGUGGAUGGGAGGAUGGUACUCAUAUUUCUGGGAAGGAGAGGCACAGAACAUGUUGAUAAAGGCAACUCUUUCUUCUGGCAGAUUCUUUCUCGUUCAUUUGCUAUUCUUGUCUCACAG